UUCGCAAGGACGCAUCCUUCCAUUUUUGAAAUAGCGUGAAUGCGGGAAACUCUAUCCAGAGACAAUUAAGGAUUACUGUCUGUGACUUGGAUUCUAGACUUGAAAAGAUAAAAUGGAGAGGUGAAAAGCAGAAUUUAUAAUAAGUGUACAAAAAUAAUUAUAAAGAUGAUUUGUUCAAAAUUACAAAUCAUUUUGUUGAUUCUGUUUCGCGACGCCUUAAUGAUUGAUACCAAUGACACGUCGGGAUAUCGCAAGGAAAGAGUUAACGGUCACAUAGUAAAGCUUAAUUCAAACAAACAAAAUACAAUUCAUUGUGACGGGGAGGGAUUUCGACCAGAUCAAGAAGAUUGUACAAUUUACUACCGUUGCGUAAAAGCUAAUAACGACAAAUAUAACACAUUUCGAUUCCAGUGCCCUGCUGGUACAGUUUUCGAUACAUAUAGAGGAAUUUGCAACUACCCGCAAAUAGGCGUCGAGUAUUAUGGAUGUAAAAUUCCAAGUGAAAAUCAGCAGUCUGAUAAUAAAAUUAAGGAUACAUACAGUGAAUUGCCUAAGCCAAUAUUAAACAGAGAUGAUGUAGGUUUGAACAAUCCACCGCCUAAUUAUAAUGAACUAUCAGAAGAUUACCAGGAAGUACCAUAUAAACAUGAAUAUCCAGUUACGCCUUCCACUGUAGUAGCAUACAGCACAGAAAGAUAUACUCAGAGACCAUCGUUUUUGGUUGAAAAUGAUCAUGACGACAAUCGCUGUACAACGGAUGGAUUUAUCGGUGAUUCGAAUAAUUGUAAGAAAUUCUAUAGAUGUGUAAGCAAUUUAAGAGGAGGGUUCAUUAGAUAUGAGUUCAUGUGUAAUGAUGCCACGAUAUGGGAUGAUAACACGCAAGGCUGUAAUCAUGCAUGGAUAGCCCGAAAUUCUAAGUGUAGAAAGGACGAUACCUACAAUUAUAUAAAUGAUAUUAAUUUGGACUUUGGAGAUAAAAAUAAUUAUGAUAAAAACUUGGAUCAAAAAAAAGAUAACGACGAUUUUCCAAAUAAUUACAAUCAGCCAAACAUUGAACCCAUUCAGACAACCACCAAGAAAUAUAUACAAAUAGAUUCAACUACUCGUACGGAAAAACCGUACAAUAAGCCUACAACAAGUGCAGUUCAAAUCCACAAAUUUGGUGACAAAAUAUUAGGAUAUGGUAAUUCCGUAUCGAAUUCGACUACCACAGAUAGUUUAAAAGAGCCAUAUUUUGAUAAAUAUCAAAGUGAAAUAUGUUCUCAAAAUGGUUUCUUUGGUUACCCCGGUGACUGUAAGAAGUUUUAUAGAUGUAUUGAAAGUUCAAAUGGAAAAUAUAUACGAUACGAAUUUUCGUGUAGUGAUGGAACUGUAUGGGAUGAUCAUUUAAAAACAUGUAAUUUUGCUUGGGCGGUGAAAGAGUGUGGUUCCUUUGUUCCCCUCAAAGAUGAAAUAAAAGUUGUUACAACAACAAAUAUAAAUGUAGUAUCGUCAUCAGUACACACAAGCAGUUCUAGGCCUCCCAAAGAUGAAUUCUUCGGACAAACUACUCCAAACAGCCAAGAAAUUGUUACUAAACCUUCAACCUUAAGUGAUAUUGGAGCUUCCGUGACAUAUGACUUGUACCAAGAAGAAUGUAACUCUAACGGAUUCUAUGGUGAUAAAAAUAAUUGCCAAAAUUUUUAUAGAUGUAUUGAAACUAGACGAGGUGUUUUUACAAAGUUAGCAUAUAAAUGUGGAGAAGGUACGUUAUGGGACCCUAGCAUUGAAGCAUGUAAUCAUGCAUGGGCUGUUAAAAACUGCACUGUUUCUGUAGUAAAUAGGCAAACGAUAGCCGACACACCAGUUAUAACUACUGUUUCCCUUAUACAAACCACAACACAAGCAAACGAAAUAUUGGAACAUAAAAUUGAUUCCCAAUACAACCAAGGACCCAAUCAAUUUGCAGGUUCCACACCAAAAGAUAUAAAUCAUUUUGAAAACAAUUUUACACAUAAUAAAUGUACUAGCUCUGGUUUUAUAGGCGACGCUAAUGACUGUCACAAGUUUUACAGGUGUGUAGAUAAUGGCAGUGGGAAGUUCACUCAAUAUGAAUUUACAUGUGGUGAAAACACUGUUUGGGAUUCUAGUAUUGAGUCAUGCAAUCACGCGUGGGCUGUUGAGAAAUGUGGAGCAGUUGAAACUGUUCAGUUGCACCCGACUACACAUGGCUACGGCUUAGUGUCAGAAGAAAACAUUUCGGAUUCUAAGGGAACUACUGCUGCUGCUGACAGUUCAUAUAGUAUAUCAACAACGAGAACUACUGAAGUUUAUGAAGAAAAUAAACCAUACACUGCAACAGGCCAACAAUCACAACUAACAACGACUACUACAACAACUAAAACACCACUAACAAGUGAACAAAUUGAACAAGUUAGUACAUCAAGUUCCAAUAAAUGUACAGAGGAAGGUUAUUUCGGAAAUGUAGAGGAUUGUAAGAAAUUUUACAGAUGUAUUGAUAAUGGAAAGGCCGGCCUUCAAAUGUACGAAUAUUCUUGUGGAGAAGGUACUAUUUGGGACCAAGACCUUAAAGCUUGUAAUCAUCCACAAGAUGUUGAACAUCCAUCAUGUUCAAGUUCUACAGAUCAUACUUGGGAGACUUCUUCUAUGACAUCCAGUACGUAUUAUGAAAACCCCUCUUCUAAAUCAACUACUACGACAACUUUAUAUACUUCUACACCUACAAUAAGCUCCACAUUACAAUCAAUGGGAGAUUUGCUUUGUAAUGCUGAAGGUUUCUUUGGAGAUGAAAAUGACUGUAAAAUAUUUUACCGAUGUGUUGGUGACAUAAAUGGCCGAUACAUUAAAUAUGAAUUUGCUUGUGGAGAAGGAACUAUAUGGGAUCAAAGUAUUUUAGCUUGUAAUCAUCCACAAGAGGUAAAACAGUAUUCUUGUUCAGGUAAUAAUAGCAACUAUUCAACUCCUACAAACAAUGAUGCUUCAACUACUACAGAAUUAACAACCAGUAAAGCAAGUUUUACUUCAACUGUUUUACCUGCAACAACAAUGGAAAAUUCAAGUAGUAAUAUAAUCGAGCCAUCCACAACUGGUAAACCAUCUCAACAAAGUACAAGUUCAAUUGACACUAUAAAUCCAGUUGAUGAAAAUACAUGUUCAAAAGAAGGAUAUUUUGGGAACACCGAAGAUUGCGGAAAAUUCUAUAGAUGCGUUGAUAAUGGUAAAAAUAGUUUUACAAAAUAUGAUUUUACUUGUGGAGAAGGAACUAUUUGGGAUCAAGAUAUAUUAGCUUGUAAUCAUCCGCAAGACGUCGAACAUCCUUCAUGUUCAUCAAAUGUCUCAUCAGCCGAGUCCACAACCAGUGCGAAACCAACUCAUAUUCCCUCAUCAUCAACAGCAAAAAUCUCAACAAGUAGUUCUUCAAUUACAAACACACAAACCACAACAACAAUAUCUUCACCGACCAGCACAUCAACAACGCCAAAAACUUCAAUUUCGACAAAUCCUUCAAGUGCCACUAUGAAUCCAAAUGAUGAAAAUACAUGUUCAAAAGAAGGAUAUUUUGGGAACACCGAAAAUUGCGGAAAAUUCUAUAGAUGCGUUGAUAAUGGUAAAAAUAGUUUUACAAAAUAUGAUUUUACUUGUGGAGAAGGAACUAUUUGGGAUCAAGAUAUAUUAGCAUGUAAUCAUCCGCAAGACGUCAAACAUCCAUCAUGUUCAUCAAAUGUCUCAUCAGCCGAGUCCACAACCACUGAGAAACCAACUAAUGUUCCCUCAUCAUCAACAGCAAAAAUCUCAACAAGUAGUUCUUCAAUUUCAAAUACACAAACCACAACAACAAUAUCUUCACCGACCAGCACAUCAACAACGCCAAAAACUUCAACUACGACAACUCCUUCAAGUGCCACUAUAAAUCCAAUUGAUGAAAAUACAUGUUCAAAAGAAGGAUAUUUUGGGAACACCGAAGAUUGCGGGAAAUUCUAUAGAUGCGUUGAUAAUGGUAAAAAUAGUUUUACAAAAUAUGAUUUUACUUGUGGAGAAGGAACUAUUUGGGAUCAAGAUAUAUUAGCAUGUAAUCAUCCGCAAGACGUCAAACAUCCAUCAUGUUCAUCAAAUGUCUCAUCAGCCGAGUCCACAACCACUGAGAAACCAACUAAUGUUCCCUCAUCAUCAACAGCAAAAAUCUCAACAAGUAGUUCUUCAAUUUCAAACACACAAACCACAACAACAACAUCUUCACCGACCAGCACAUCAACAACGCCAAAAACAUCAACUUCAACAACGACGAGCUCAACUCCUUCGAGCACAUCUUCAUCAAGCACCUCAAGUACAGAAGGUUCUACAAUGGCAAAUAAUGAAAACCAAACUUCUAUGGAAGAACAAGAAAAGGGAAACUUUACUUGUACCAAAGCUGGUUUUUACCCUAACCCGAAUGACUGUAAAAAGUUUUACAGAUGUGUUGACUGGUAUAAUAAUGGUACAAGCUUCUCUAUCUUUCAUUUUGAUUGUGGUGAGGGUACUAUAUGGGACCCAUCUUUAGAUACAUGUAACUAUGAAGAUUCUGUGUAUCCCCCUCGAAAUUGCAAUGGUUCUUCCAUUCAGACACAAAAUGAUACCGAAAGUACAACAUCUGGAAGUAGUUCUACAGAUACGACUACUACGCAAGCAAGUACAGCAAUGACGACCAGUGGACCCUCAACCACAGAGGAAAGUAGCUCUACUUCAACUACAGAACAAAGUAGCUCUACAUCAACAACAGAACAAAGCAGCUCUACUUCAACUACAGAACAAAUCAUUUCUACUUCAACUACAGAACAAAGCAGCACUUCCUCAACUACGGAACAAAGUAGUUCCACUCAAACAUCUACUACAACAGAGCAACAAACUUCAACAACUGAAAAAACCACAACGCAAACAGAAGCAUCAUCAACUGAACAAUCAACGACAGCAACCUCAGAAUCAACCACAACUGAACGUUCAACUACUCCUUUGGAUCAAACUGAUAAAACAACUGCAGAAUCAUCUACUACAACACAAUCCUCGUCUACUGAACAACAAUCUACAUCUAACACAGAUUCCUCAUCAGAACCAACAGACAGUGAUAAAACGACAACAGAGGCCACACAGCAAACAACUGAAAGUACCACCAAUUCCACUACUAAAGACAAGUGUCCUGAAAUGAACGAUGAUCAAUACGCUUAUGUCUGUCCAUCAUCAUUUAGAAGACACCCCAAAUAUUGCAAUCUAUUUUAUCAAUGCACCGAAGAUGAUGAUAGCCACGAUUUGAAAAUAGCCUUAUUUCACUGCCCUAACAAUACAAUUUACGAUGAAUCAAAAACGCAAUGUGUAGAUGAAAAUAAAGCUUCAAAGAAAUGCGAUGGUACUUUAGCCCGAACUCAUCGCAUCAAACGAUUCAGUAACGAUUAUAUCGAUCCGAUCAUCGUUGGCACCGAUAGCUAUGCAUGUCCGAAUGUGGGGUACUUUCCCUUCGAGAGAAAUCAAGACUGUUCACAAGCAAUGUUAAAAUGUCAACGUUCGAAAAACAAUAAUUUAACUGGAUAUGUGUUUCGAUGUCCCGAUGGAUAUACUUUCUGGACAAAGAGUAAACGAUGUGAACGAAUUUCACGGAUUAAAGAUUGUAAACGGUCCAUCUAUCCGUGGAACAAAAGACACGACAUACCAAAAGAGGUUUAUAAUGUUGCAUUGUAUUAAUACUCGUAGUAAUCCUUAAAAUGAGAUGUGCAAUAAGGACCCUAGUUUAAUACAUUUAUUAAAAUAUGGUAAAUUAAUUGGAAUACCACAUUGGUUAAUAUGUUACUCAUAAAAUAAUUCAAUCUAGUCUUCACUUACAAAUUAAUGAGAAUGUAAUGUUUGCCAUAAUAUAGUUAGUAUACGACUUGUGAUCAAGAUAUAGAUAUAACUAAUACUAUUAUUUUGAUCACGAUUCAGA